AUGGCUGAGACACAACAAAACACACAAAAGACGGCAGAAACGCAAACUGAGACACAAGCAGGGACUCAGAAGUCUUCCUAUGAAAUCGAGGAUACCGAGCACCUCAACGCUCGGUUGAUGAGCAGAAAUCCUAUGUACCCUGAUAUUGAUUUACCAAAAGGAGUUACUACGUACAAUGUUGGACGUAAGCCCCGGGUGAACGACAUCAUCAUGCCGCAAGACUGGAAACGCAUCAGCGGGCAACAUUGUAUUCUCAAAUACCAAGAGCACCCUCCGAAAGACGACUUGAUUCUUGGCAUUUCCAAUCCUGAUCCAAUUAUUUGGGUGGAGGACCUGAGUCAGUCUGGAACCUUUAUUAAUGGUCGACGGGUAGGAGAAGGUAACCAAAUACUACACGUCGGGGAAGAGAUAUGCUUCGGAAAGCCAUCUCAGCACGACCCUGCAGAAAACCAUAGGCGUCCAACAGAUCAUCCGUUACUCUGCCAGUAUGCAGUUCAGAGUAUGUUAUCCUCUGGUACAUUCGGUGUCGUGUAUAAAGUGCUGGACAAACAAACAUCUGAUUGGGCCGCUUUAAAAGUCAUAAUUACAGGACAUAAUCUUCACGAUCCCCGAGCCCUCGAACGUGAAGUAAACAUUCAUGGCAACCUCGUACAUGAGAACAUCAUUAGACUGUAUGCCCACCAUGAGGAGCCUGGGAGACUACUUCUAGUUAUGGAAUUAGCCGAAUACGGAGAUCUUCAGGAAUAUCUGAAAACACACGGCCCACUCAGUGAAUCCCUUACAAGACAUAUUGCGUGGCAAGUCUACCAGGCUGUAGCCUUCACUCAUUCCAUGCAAGUCACUCAUCGAGAUCUAAAGCCAGAGAACAUCUUGAUUACAUCUUUGGAUCCAUUUUUUGUAAAGAUUGCUGAUUUUGGGCUCGCCAAAGCCGUCGAUGGUCGGACAUUCUUGAAAACAUUUUGUGGAACGCAAAACUACGUUGCGCCUGAAAUUCUUCAAGGAGCAGCUGGAUAUGGGCAGAUGGUCGAUAUCUAUUCACUGGGCGUGAUUUUCCUUUUUUGUAUGACUGGGAAAUGGGUGCUCGAUUACGAGGCGCUGGCUAUACUUGAGGUUGCGGGUGUAUCAGAGACUGUAUCGAUUUACUGCGCCGGUGUGUGCAGCCGCGACCACAGGAUCGCAUUUCGGCAAAAGAUGCACUUCAGCAUCCCUGGUUUCGUGGGGAAUAGUGCACAAGGUAUCAUAAGUUAA